GAUGUCUCAUGCAAGUGAAAUGUGGUGCUAUCCCUGGAAAUGGAAGCUGCAGCACUGUCUCUGCUUGUUUACCACAUAUAUUAUAUGCAUGCAACAAGCAGUUCAUGGAUGCUACGACUGUAGGAUCGUGCUAACUGACCCCUCUGGAGUUUUCACUUCUCCGUGCUUCCCCAGUGAUUAUCCAAACAGCCAAGCGUGCAAGUGGAUCAUCCGAGCACCUCAUGGAUUUAUCAUACAGCUAACAUUUAUCGAUUUUGAUAUUGAAGAAGCUCCAGGCUGCAUUUAUGAUUCACUGACAUUAGACAAUGGAGAAAGCCCAAUGAACCUUUGUGGCAUCACUGCCAAAGGAUUAUCCUAUAACUCUACUGGAAAUGAAAUGAUUGUGUCAUUUAAGAGUGACUUCAGUAUCCAAAAGAAAGGUUUUAAUGCCAGCUAUGUACGAAUUGCUGUGUCUCUGAGGAAUCAGAAGGUGAUCAUUCCCCAGGUCCCUGACGUGGAUACUGUGUCUGUGGCAGGGACAGUCUCAGUGCCAGAUCUUAGCCAGUUUACACUGUGCUUUGAAGCAACCAAGGACAGCAGCGAUGACAGUGACGACUGGAAGGUUUUCUCCUACACUGAUGCAGAGUCAAUAGAAUUCUUCAGCUUUGGGAAGACCACAAAAGGCCAUUUUCUGUUCAUCUCAGGCACACAGUGCAUCCUUGAGAAUGCAUUGCCCCGAAAUGCAGAGUUUUUCACAGGAACCUUUCAACAGCUCUGUGUUGUAUGGAAUAGCUUCUCGAGCACUAUAGGUAUAUAUGCCAAAAGCACCUAUCGUACAGUGUACUGUCCGGGCGUCUUUGACAAAGUAAUCCCUGGAAACGGGAGGCUGCUGCUGGGCUCUAACAGCAAUGAAGUGAGCUCUCUAAAUGGGGACAUUUACAACUUCCGCCUCUGGAAUUUCACCAUGAAUGCGCAAACACUGGCCAACCUUAGCUGCGAUGUGAAAGGAAACAUUGUAGACUGGGAAAAUGAAUUCUGGAGUAUUCCAACUUCAGCACUGAAAGCAGAAAACAAUUUGAGUUGUGGCUCAUACCUAAUUCCCUCUUCUUCAAUUGAACCAACCAGUUGUGCAAACCUAGGAAGCCUUUGCCAAGCUACUGUAAAUGUUUCUACUACUACACCACCCACUGUCACCACUAACAUGCCCGAUACUAAUAGAAACGAUAAGCCAAACAAUGACCUGCAGGAAUUCAGACUUCCUGCUACGGUUAUCUUCAGAAUGAAGAGAAAUUCACCUGAAUCCUCCCAUUCACGACCACAGUGGCAGCAAGAGUCUAAGAUAGAAGGGGUCAAAAACAUAGGAAUUAUCUCAACCCCAAUUAUUUGGCCAGUGAAACAAAGGCCUCUGCAUUUCAGUAAAAACUCAGCAGAUGAGAACCCAGAGAGAAAAAACACAUACAGCUUGUUGCUUCCAACCAUGUCCUCCUCAUCUGCUUCUGAGGACACCAGCAAUGAAACCUUGGCUGCUUUUACAGAAAACAUCAACCUAAAUAAUACUAUGAUGGAUCAGCUGCAAAAUGAAAAUAUUUUUAAUUAUUCUGGAAGUUCAUUUCAUGGCACUUCUGAUGCAGCAGAUGCUGUUACAGAGCCUUCUGUGAAUGCAGCAGUUCCUGUUCUUCACAGCAGAAGUCCUAAGGCAGAUCUUGCAUGGACUUUGGCAAAUGGGCUAGGUCAUUCUGGCUCUGAGCCAGCAUGCCACUCUCCCGUUAGCAGCAGCAGCACUGCUUACGAACCCAUCAAAGAAACUGUGUGGAUUUCAUCCUCCAACAGCGACACAACCAAUUUCAUGCAUACAAACAUCUUGGAGCCCGUGAACUGGUGGAAUGAGACUGUAUUUCAUCAUCAUAUUACCUCUGACCUUCCAGAAGAUAGACAUAAUUCUCUUUCUACUUUAUCUAUGUCAUUUACAGAGGAGAAAUCACCAUUACAAAAAAGUAGGCUAGAUUUGCUAGACUUGGCACCUGAAAAUUUUUACCUGGAAAUGGUAGAAGGCAAUGCUGAUAGGCAAACUUCUUCUAUGUUAGCAGCAGACAGUGAAUUUCAGUUUAGAAAAUCUACACACAUUAAGGAACAUCACUCAGGAGGCAUAACAAAUUUAACCUCUAUGGAGACUCCAUAUGCAAACCCAACAAGUUUUUUUCAAAACAUGAAAAAACCCUACACAAAAUUUAUGUCUGACAUCCAACUGACAAAUUCAGUACUAGGACACAGUAGAGAGCUACUAACAUUUUCAGCAUUUCUGCUAAGACCAGGUUGGACAAGCGCAGCAUUUAAGCAUAUUGUAACAACCCUAUCUAUUUAUCAACAAGCAUUGACUGACACACCCUUGAAAAGUGACAGCAUGUUUAUAUCUAAUAGUAAUUACUGGUCUCAUUACUUACAACAUUCGUUUUAUAUUCAAAAGCCAAGUGAGACCCUCAGAAAUGGAGUACUGGAUAAAUACUUAGAUUCAUUUCAUGAUACUAAUGAAAAUGAAGAGAUAGCCUUUUCCAUAUUAGAGCCAGAGAACAUGAAUACAAUUGGCAACUCCUGGGACUCAGGUUACUUGGAUUUUCCAACAAAAUAUGUAGAUAUCUCCCCCUCUGUAAGAGCAAGUUUCUGGACUGUUCCGCAUCAUUUGAAAGAAGCAUCUCAAGUGUUUUCUGGGGAGCCAUCAGAAAAUUGGUGGUUCUCAUUUAAUAAACUGAUUUCUUCCCCAACAGACAGACUGCUGUCCGUUAGUUCAUAUGCUAAGUCUGACAGUAUCUCUGAAAAACCAUCUACCAUUAGAUUAUUAGGUCACAGAGCUGAAGAAAUGAAUUUAUCUAGUCCUGUAUCAGCUUUGAAAACACAAAUCUUUAGUUCAUUUAUUCCAGACAUUUCAGAGAGAAUUUCAGAAAGUAAUGGCAGGACAAUAUCACAAUUGCAGUCAACAAUUAACUUUGCAAACCUAACUGUGACUUCAAACAGUGAACCUUAUUUUGACUUUCCUUUCCCUUCCUUCGAAGCACCUUUCAGUCAAUCCUCUGUGUGGGUACAGGUAAGUCCUUUUGAUCAGGUACUUCAAAACUCCACAGAAAAAUUAAUAUUUGAUAGUUUGCACAUGCAAAUUCAAACUGACAUAGUAAGUGACCAAACCAACAUGAGCUUCCUAAACAGUAAUCAUCAGCUUGUUUCUGCCCUGCCAACACAUUCAGGAGCUCAGCCUUCUUGUUCAAGGAAUAGCAAAGCUGCUUUCUUGAUCAGUACACCAGUUAAGAGUUUGGUAAGCAGUACAAGAACACAUGGAACACCACAGUCUCAAAGUCUUUUGGAGAAUGAUGCUGUAACAAAUACCAUUUAUAAAGCAAGAAGUAAAGUUCAAAUAGAUGCAGGCGUUUUUGUAAAAAGCAUCAGUUCAGUGAGUUCUGACUUCCUUCCAAUGACAUUGCCUUUGGAAUUAAGGCACCUUCUUCAUUCAGACUCAAAAUUCAGAGUUAGUGUACCUCCUAACAGCUAUUCCACACCUCCACUCCCAGAAAGUUUUCAGAACCAUCUUGAUGCAACUUCUCCAAGCCUGAUGCCUCAGUGGGAUGUAGCAGAGUUAGGCUUGCCAACAACAGUAACAUUGAGAAGUUAUCUAACUGUUUUAGGACGAAACUCCAUUGAAAAUCAAGUUGACAGUCUAAGAUCCUCUCCAUGGGCAGUGGAACAAGAAAUCAUUGACAGUAAUGAAGAUGUAAGGAAUUUUGCUGUUCUGACAUCAACAACCAUAUUGAGGCUUUCCGAAUGGGAUUCAGAAGGGGAAGUGUAUGGGUCCUUCAGCAAGCACAGAGAAGACAUUCCUUCUCUGAAUAUUGCUAGUACUCAUGCCUCGGAUUUUGUAAAUGCUGAUUAUGAUGAACGUUUUGCAAAUCUCUCGUCUUUUUUGGAGUCAUCGAAAACUGCAAUAAUUAAUGAUGCCUUACCUUUGCCAUCUUCAUAUAGCAGAGUUGUUAUUCAACACAAAGACACCAUCUUGUCAAACACUCUGACAACAUCUGCAGCAGCCAUCUAUCACUCUGUCAUGCAGUCCCAAACGCCAUUUUCUUCUGUAACAUACCAUCAGUCAUCAUUUUCAGCACGUGUUCAUUCCUUGGCCGAUUUGCCAUCUGGGACAAGCCAAAAUACCACCACUUACUCGCCACUGAAUCAACUUACUAGCUCUGCUGCAGUCCUUUUAUCUUGUUUAUGUGACUCCAUCACUGAGCUGGACUGCUUGUGUCGACCUGAGGUCAACCACA